AUGGAUUCGGCUUUCAGCUUCCACUUGGACCAGUUGGUCCAGCACUUGAAGACCGAAAUUCUCCAGCACCAUGAAAAAGACUUGGCUUUGAACGGCAGACAGUCACCAGAGAGAGAGGCAUUUUCCACCAAGCCUCAUAUUUUGGGAUUGCAAAGGAAGGCCGUUGAGGGCACGGACUUUUCACGCCGCAAGGUCCUGCUGAAUAGAAGAUCUGCUCCAGACUCAGACUCUUCUGAGGAGCUGGAGCAUCGACCCAGCAUCAUAACCAGUACAAUGAGCACAGCACAGACAGCAUACCCUCGAUUCCCCUCUAAGACUGCGGUUUCAGAAGCCUCUGAUGUCUCCCGGGAGACGGCUGAUUCAUUGGAAUUGAAAACUCCAAAGCCUGGCUCCCGGGUUCCACGAUUCCCGAAGCCAGAGGGAGUCUCUCCCUUCAGCCCGCACACCCCACCACAGAUGCUUGAAACACAAGUGUUUCCAGUCUCAGAUGCUUUGGUUCCAGAAGCUGAUGUGCCCCUGCCACAUCAGCCCGAGAAGGCCGAUGAUCCCAAACAACCCCAGGUGGAUUUUAAAGAGAAGGACCAGGACUCAAGUUCUUCGGACACCCGGUCUUCGGCAAGUUUUAGUAGCACUUCCACUCCGAACGAUGAGAUGCCACCUGCCCCAAUGGCACACAGAAGAGACAAAAGGCCCAGCAACGCUUCAUUCUCAGAGUUCUUCAAGCGUCAGGCAACGGUCACGGACCUGUACCUCUUCAUGCAGGAUGAGGAUUCAAGCAAAGCAGCAUGGUUGUAUUCCAAGUUCAUGAAUUACUUCAUGACAGCUGCCAUCAUUUUUACGGUGUGGCAAGCCAAUGCACAGCCAGUGGUGCCUCGAUAUGUCGAGGGUGGGAUCCAACUGGGUGUCGAAGGCCUGAUGAUUCUGGAGCUGAUGGCCCACUUCUUUUCGACCAGAAGCGGUGAAAGGAGAGAAUUCUUAAAGAAUCCGUACAACAUCAUUGACUUCAUCGCUGUGCUUCCAAUGGCAGUGCGGAUACCUUUUGGCAUUGCAACCCCCACGAAGGACGAGAAUGCUGUGGUACACUAUUUGUUGUAUUGUUUUGUGCCUGUUGUAAGGCAGCUCAAACUCAUCCGUAAGUUCCAGAAGUUGCAGCUGUUGCUGCAUGUUUUGGCCACGACCAUGGAUGCUCUGAAGCUACUGCUUUUCUUAGUUUGCUUGAUUGUGUUGGUCUUUGGCUGUGCAUUCUAUGUCCUGGAACCUGAAACCAUGGAUUCAUUGAGUACAUCGAUCUACCUAUGCACAGUAACUGUGACUACGGUCGGCACGUGUGACAUGAAUCCAGUGUCUCCGGUCGGGAAGAUGAUGGCUGGUGCUCUUUGCUUGACUAGUGUUCUAUUUAUGGCCAUGCCCCUGUCUGUGCUGGGCAACGCAAUGUCGCAGACUUGGGCUGAUCGGCAUCGCAUCGUCCUGAUAACCCAGACUCGUCGCAAGCUGAAGAAUCUCGGUUACACGGCAGAGCAUAUGCCCAAGCUCUUUUCCAAAUUUGACAAAGAUGGCAACGGCGAGCUGGAAAUGGAUGAAUUCUGCGAUUUGGUCGCGAAGAUGCGCAUCGGUAUGAAACCUUCAGAGGCCUCAGAGCUCUUCUUGGCUUUUGAUGAGAACGGAGAUGGGGGUAUCACGGAGAUGGAGUUUAUGAAAGCUUUGUUCCCUCUAGACUAUCGCCGAAUCUACCGCAGGGCUUCGGGCGUUUCAUGGGGAGCAUAG